CUUCUAUUGAAAAAAAAAAACAAACACAAACAAACAAUAUAUCCUCCUCCAUCUCUCAGACUUUAGACUUGGAUAUUAUCUUAGUCCACCCAUGCAUUGACAUAAUCAACAACUAGGUUUUCUUUUCUUUGAGGCUUAUAUCAAACCCAUCUUUUGAAACCUUAGAAAUAUUCCGAUCACAAACAAGAACAUGGUACAACUCAAGCUGGUAGCCCUAACCCUGUCGAUACUGUGGCCAUGGUGGAGCUUUGAUGGUGCAGUAGGAGACCCUCAACUCUUUUUACUCAAAUGGGAUUGCAGCGGAUUCAAGGUACCCAACUUGUCCAACUUCUACCAAAACCUAAACGCAAGUUUGGCAGACCUGAGAACACAGGUCAGCAACCAAAGCAAGAUCUUUGCCACGGCUCAAUCAACCAUUGGAUCGGAUCCUGUCUAUGCUAUGUUUCAAUGCAGGAACUACCUCAACAACACUGACUGCACCACCUGCCUCGCCACGGCUACCGCCAAAGUCCGCAACUGCUCCACCGGAGCCAACGGUGUCCGUGUCAUUUAUGACGGCUGCUUCCUUAGGUACACUUCCAUCUAUUAUUUCUUCAGCCAUCCAUUCCCAUAGUCAUGGCCAAUAAUUCAAAAAUGAUAUUUCUGACACUCUUGGUGUGUACACUUUGAUGAGAGGAAAGACUAGAGAGAGAUUGAGAGUGACAA